UUUGCAAAUUGGAAAUGGCGUCGAUCGGAGAGUGUUUUCGUCGGAUGUUUUGCUGGUGCGGGACGGCGAUUUGCACGCGGACCUUGUUGGCCGUGUGUCUGUGGCUGACGGCGGCCGGCCUGGACCGGGCCUCUUUUCCUUCGCACGGAAGGGAAACGGUCAAGACCUCGCCCGAAUCUUCCAGCUCCGGAGGACGGAUCAAGUUGGCGGAAGCGCCGGAGUGCAAGAGCGACGUUCGCCGUCUCUGCGACUCUUCUUUGCUCGGCAACAACUUCGCCGUCCUCGACUGUCUGCAGAACGACAAGAAAAUAGAAGAUGCCGAUCUCAGUUCAGCCUGCCAUCACUUAAUAUGGACAUACAAGAGAAAUUUGACGUUAGACGAACGUUUUGUUAAUGCAGCGAACAGUAUGUGUCGAAAAUUUCUGCAGCAGCAUGAAGAAUGCAAACCAAUUGGAGCCAGGAGUCAAAUGUUAUCCUGUUUGAUAGAUUACAUGGAAAAUAAUACAGAUGCCGAAUGCCGGUCAUUUUUAAAAAAGAUGGAAACAAUUAUAUUUAGUGAUUAUAGAUUAAUAUAUAAAUUUACGGAUGCCUGUAAUGACGAUAUUAAUAAACUUCAGUGUGGUCGCAUAGAUAUAAAUUCUGAGGAGCUGCAUUCGCAAGGUGGAACUAUAGAAUGCUUAUCAAAAGAAACAGAAAAGUUAUCGCCAAUAUGUCAGCAUGAAAUACUUCGUAUUGCUGAACUGCAGGGUGAUGAUUUUCAUCUCGAUCGGCCAUUAUUUUUUGCGUGUCGAGAAGAUCGUGAAAGAUUCUGUUCAAAAGUGAAUUCGGGAGAAGGCCGUGUUUAUCGCUGCCUGAUGAGGCACAAGGAUGAGAGGGAUAUGAGUGAUGAUUGCAAGAAGAAACUUUUUCAACGAGAAAAAUUAACAGUACAUAAUUAUAAAGUGAACAGGGGACUUGCCAAAGCAUGUCGAAAUGACAUCAAGAUGUAUCGAUGUCGUGAGCAGACGUCGGAAAAGAGAGAUAUUCGACUAGCACAAAUUCUACUUUGUUUAGAAAAUGCUGUAAAAAAAGGUUAUCCAGUAAAUGGAGAAUGCCAUUCUGAGAUGACAAUGCAUAGAAGAACUUUAAUGGAAAAUUAUCAAUUAACGCCAGAAUUGGCAGCAGCAUGUGAAAACGACGUUAAGCAGUUCUGCGAAACUAAACAUUUAGAACUCGGAGGUAAAACGCUUCACUGUUUAAUGGAGCGUGCCAAACCUUCUCGUCACGACAAUGGUAGAUUAACUGCUGUAUGUAGAAGAGAGUUAGAAAAUCUGUUAAAAGAAGUUGAUAUAGGAGAAGAUUGGAGAGUAGAUCCUGCUUUACAAGAAGCUUGUCAAUUGGUUGUAAAUUCGUUAUGUUCAAAUAUAAAACCUGGGGAAGGCAGGGUUUUAUCUUGUUUGAUGUUUAGACUAGAUCCUAUUCUUUAUAAAAAGUGUCAUAAAGAAGCAGUUCAGUAUUGUCAUGCAAAAAGGAAUUGGUAUGAUGAACCUUCUAAUAUGGAUCCUGAAAGAGGGCCCAUUGUUUUGCCAUGUUUAUAUCGCUAUGCAUAUCAUCCAGAUAAAAAUGUUAGGUUAUCUCCAGAAUGCUUGUAUGAAGUGAGACGAGUCAUGAGACAACGAGCAAUAAGUGUGGAUUUGCACCCAGAAAUUGAAGAACCUUGUAUCCGAGAUCUUCCAAAAUUCUGCAACAAUAAUGUUGAGAAAGGACAGGAAAUGAAUUGUCUUCAAAAGAAUUUGGAUAAACUUAGUGCCAAUUGUCAGAAAGCAGUAUCAAAUUAUACAGCAGAAGAAUCAGAACACUUAGAACUAAAUUAUCCUUUAUAUCAUGCUUGCAGUACGGUUUUAUCCAUUUUUUGUAAUGACCUUCAAGGACAAGAUGUAGAUCAGGGAGAUUUAAUACAGUGCCUUAUCAAACAUAAGAAUGAACCAGAAAUGAAAAAAUACCAGAAGUGUCGUGUAGCGGUAGAACAUUUUCAAUUGUUAUCUCUUAAAGAUUAUCAUUUUAAUUUCAAAUUUAAAGAAGCUUGCAAACAAGAUGUUUUACAAUUAUGUGGAAAUAUUAAAACAAAGUAA